UACAGCAAGAACAUUUUGGACCACUCGCUCACAAGAUGAAGAUAGCAGUGAUUUUACUAGGAUUAGUGGCAACGGCUCUGGCCGACCACAGGGACGGCCCCACUAUCCCGAACAUGCCGGACCUGAACAAGCUGAACAACCUCGCUGGCGGGAAAAUCCCAGAGAUCCCGGCCGGUAUGAAGAUUGAGGACCUUAAGGACGCCUUUUACAACCUCCCACCCACCAUGAAGGACAGGCUCAACGAGAUGGCACAGUCAUUUGGCAUGCAGUUGGAUGACGUUGAAGAUGCCCUGAACAACCCUCCCCAGAAACUCAAGGACUACUUUGAGAAGAAUGCCGAAAAGGGUGGUGCCGAGCAGCCCAAACCGUUCGUGCCCGCAAGUGACUCAGCCACCGGCGGCAUGGACAGCAUCCUCGAUGGCAUGGACCUCGGACCCAUGGGAAACAUGAUGAAGGGUAUGGACAUCGGUGCUAUGAUGGAGAACAUGGACAUGGGCGCCAUGUCUGACAUGAUGAAGAAUGUGGACAUCAACGGGCUCUUGAAGAACAUGGACAUCGGACCCAUGGGAGACAUGAUGAAGAACAUGGACCUCAACGCCAUGAUGAAGAACAUGGACAUCGGAUCAAUGAUGAAGAACAUGGACAUCGGAUCAAUGAUGAAGAACAUGGACAUCGGAUCAAUGAUGAAGAACAUGGAUCUCGGCGCCAUGGGCGAUAUGGUCAAGAACGUCGACGUUAAUGGGCUUAUGAAGAACAUGGACCUCGGCGCCAUGGGCGAUAUGGUCAAGAACGUGGAUAUCAACUCUAUGAUGAAGAACGUCGACGUCGGUUCCAUUGUUAAGGGUAUGGGUGUUGGCAAGAUGGCUGAUAUGGUCAAGAACGUGGAUGUCGCCGGUAUGAUGAAGAACGUGGAUUUGGGCGCUAUGACUGACAUGGUGAAGAAUGUUGACGUCGCUGGACUCAUGAAGAACAUGGACAUGGGAGCCAUGGGCGAUAUCAUGAAGAACGUUGAUGUUGCUGGUAUUAUGAAGAACAUGGACAUGGGAGCCAUGGGCGAUAUCAUGAAGAACGUGGAUGUUGCUGGUAUGAUGAAGAACAUGGAUAUGGGCGCUAUGACUGACAUAAUGAAGAAUGUAGAUAUUGGUGGAAUCAUGAAGAACAUGGAUAUGGGUGCUAUGGCCGGCAUGAUGAAAAACAUGGAUAUGGGUGCUAUGGCCGGUAUGAUGAAAAACAUGGAUAUGGGAGCUAUGACCGGUAUGAUGAAAAACAUGGAUAUGGGUGCUAUGGCCGGCAUGAUGAAAAACAUGGAUAUGGGUGCUAUGGCCGGCAUGAUGAAAAACAUGGAUAUGGGAGCUAUGACCGAUAUGAUGAAGAACGUCGACGUCGCCGGCAUCAUGAAGAACAUGGAUAUGGGUUCCAUUGGAAAAAUGAUGAAGAAUGUUGACAUCGGUUCCAUCAUGAAGAACUUCGACCUUGGAUCCAUCGGCGGCAUGUUUAAGAACAUGGAUAUGGGCGCCAUGCUCAAGAUGGCCGGACCAAUGCUUGGAAUGGACCUUGGACCCGUGCAAGGAAUGCUUGGCCCAAUCAUGGAUAUGAUGAAAGACUUUGACCUCGGCAGCAUCUUGGGUCUCGUAAAGGAGCACAAGUUCGACCUUGAGACACUCAUUGACCUCAAGGACAUGGCAUGGGACUACCUGGAGCAGAGGGGUGUACCAAUGGACGACCCAAUGGCCUUCCUGGACUUUGUGCACGAGAAGAUUAAGUCCCUGCCCCUUCCCCCAGACAUGGACAUCACCCCCGUCCUCAACAUGGUGCACGGGCAACUCGAGUCAAUGGGAUUCCCCGAGGACAAGACCCAGAUCAAGAGCUGGCUCCUGGAACAGGCUGGACUCAUCGGCAUCAAGGACAUCGAGGAGCUUAAGGACCCCGAGGUUUUGUCCCGUGUGAUGAUGAAGAAAGCCUUCCGUAUGUUGGGCUUGGACGAGAACGAGGAUCCCUCCGUGGUGAAGGACCGCAUUCACGAGCAGCUCCUGGAGGAGGCCGAGAAACUAGGCGCCUCCAUCCCCAAGGACGCCAGCCCAGCACAUGUGAUGAAGGAGAUGGACAAGGUGCUCACCAAACACCUCAACGAGAUGCUUGGCCUUAAGGCUGACUCUAUCCUCCCCGGCCACCUCCACCGUGCUGCCAUGGAGAAACUCCAGAACUCCGGCAUCCCAGUCAAUGAUUUCGGUGCCCUGAAGAAGCACGUUAUCAGCAUGGCCAUGAAGCACCUCAUGAAGUCAGUGACACCGAUGGUGAUGAACUUCUUCAUGGGCGGCCACCGCCAGCAGGCACCACCACCGCAGCCAAUGAUGCCGCCAAUGAUGCCGCCAAUGAUGCCACCACAUAUCCCAAUCAAUUUGGCCGUGUCCGUGAACGUGGACGGGCCUCAGCCACAGAUCGUCCAGAUGCCAAUGCCAAGGUACCUCCAUGGCGCCGAGCCCGCCCUUGACCACUCCGGCCUCGACAACAUGAACGACGAGGAGAUGUUCCACCACAUCAUGGCCGUCCGUCAGGGUCUCAUGAGCGGCGAGAUGCCAGAGGAGAUACUCCAGGAAAUGAUCGAAGACCUCAUGUCCGCUCGCUUGAGAAACCGUGUGUUGACUGUGAGAAACAUGUUCCUGAGUGACCGUCUGGCAGCCAUGGAACACGAGAUGGACAUGAUGGCCGCGCACCAGCAGCAGCAGGAGAUCCCCCGGCCCCACCGCCUCCGCCGCCCCCAGAGGCCCCGCUCUACCAGGCGCCAGCCCGCCCAGCGCCAGGUCGAGAGCCCCCUGCUCAAGGCUCUUCUCAGGCCCAGGGUACUUUAAGAUGGACGUUCCCAAUUAAAGAUGACGCCAGCUACCAUUUCUACGAAAGCAGUGUAGCCGCAAUGUUUCUCCGCUUGUUCAGUUUCCAAUGAAAUCCGUUUUUCUUGUUAUAAAUUUUUGUAUAAAAUUAAUUGUACUGAUGAUGCCCUAAGAAUAUUCCGGAUGAUGUUAUAUGAAUAUUGAGUUUCGAAAACAUUUCGUCGCAUAUAGGGCCGUUGAAUGUUCUUGUUUUAUGGUUUAAUUCUGCAGGUCAGAUAUACUUCAUCGUCAAGUCUUUAUUAUCUUAAUGUAUUGCCUGUCUCACAAUGUCUCUUGUUAUACAUAUAGUUAAAUUAAGUAUGUGUAAUACAUGUAGAAGGGAACAAAUGUCUCAUAUUUAAGUUGUUAUCAAUAUCGUACUAUGGCAUACGUGUUCUCUAUGUGAUAUCUCAAUAUGGAUCUAGUAUAACAGUUGAAAAAUAAAAGAUGUUAUUGUA